AUGCCACACACAGUCUCUUCAUCAGAGUCGCCUGCCAUGCCGACCAUCGUUUCGAAAACCCCCUCCGGCGUUGCCCCCACGUCCGAAGAGAUUUCCUCUCUCCUUAACACCGUCUUUAAUUCGGAGACCUCGCAGCAGUCCCUCGAUGGCUCAUAUGCUCUGGCGAACCUUCUGAUCCAGAGUGUGGGAGUUGCCGGUCUGCUCAACUACAAUGUUCUGGCUGAGGCCAAGAAGGCCGCCACCGAUAAGAAGAACGGAGCCCGCCGUGAGAGCGCCAUGUUGAUCAUUGGUGCCCUUUUCGAGCGCUUCCCUCGCGAGUUCCCUCUCAGUGAACUCGUGUUCUUGUUGCAAAAUGGUGGCAUUCUUAAUGUCGUUUUGGAUUCCCUGGCUGACAAGGGUGCUGUGGUUCGCGAUGCCGCGCAGUAUGCCCUGGACGCCCUUUUCGGAUGUCUGAGCCCCGAGGCCAAGGUCAAUGCAUUCAUCCCAGCCUUGGAGUCAUACCUGAGCAAGGGAUCUGGAAAAUGGCAAGGCUUUGUCGGUGGCUUCAGGAUGCUGGAGAAGAUGGCAACCAGCGCUCAGAUGGGCAAUGGAUCCAAGGAAGAGGAGAAGGACAAGGAUCUGCUCCGUGAGGCGAUGGGAAAGACCCUCAAGGAGAUGAUCCCUGUUGUGGAGUCGGGCAUGCACGACCUGAAGGCUGAAGUUGCUAAGCAGGCCAUCAAGACCAUGACCGCUCUCACUACUCUCCUCUCUAACGACGACGUCGCUCCUCGCAUUCCCCUCCUCAUCGAGACCAUGGAGAAGCCCUCGGCUCAAAUUCUGCAGAAGGCUAUCCACGCUCUUUCUCAGACCACCUUCGUCGCCAUCGUUACUUCCCCCGUUUUGGCCCUCCUGACUCCUCUUCUUGAGCGAUCUCUCAACACCCCCACCACCCCUCAAGAGACACUUCGUCAGACUGUUGUGGUCGUGGAGAACCUGACCAAGCUAGUUCACGACCCUGCUGAGGCUCGUACUUUCUUGCCCAAGCUGCAGCCCGGUGUCAAGGGUGUUAAGGACCGCGCCUCUCUUCCCGAGGUCCGUGAGUUGGCUACCCGAGCUUUGAGCGUCAUGGACAAGGCCAUGAGCGACGAGAACACUGCUUCAGGCUCCAUCACCAAGAUCACUCCCGAGGAUGUCUUAUCCAUUUUGACUCCCAAGAUUCAGGAGCACGGCGGCUUGGUUGGUUAUGGCGACGCCACUUUCCACGAACUCGCUAAGAUGUUCAUUGCUUCCCUGGUCCGCGAGGAUGUCAAUGUCCGCAUGCAUGACCGUAUUCCCUCAUCCAUUUCCCCGUACCUGCGCGGUCUGCUGGCAGACGAGCACAUUGAGGCCAUUGCCACUGCUGUUCAGGCCCACUACAUCGAGGAGGACGAGCGGAAAUUCGGCAAGCCUAUUCCCGAUGACCCCAACGAGGUCGAGAUUGUGAACGCCGAUUUCUCUCUCGCUUACGGUGGUAUGCUUCUGUUGUCACACACCAACCUUCGCCUUCUCAAGGGUCACCGCUAUGGUCUGUGUGGUCGCAACGGUGCUGGAAAGUCCACUCUGAUGCGUAGUAUCGCCAACGAAAAGCUGGAGGGCUUCCCCCCUCAGGAUGUUGUCCGCACUUGCUUUGUCGAGCACAAUCAGGGCGAGGAUGCCGACCUGAGCAUCUUGGAGUACGUUGCUAAGGACCCUCAGAUUGCCGCCGAAGGAAUGGAGGCAAUCAGCAGCGUUCUUCUGGAGUUCGGUUUCACCGAUGGUCCCGAAGGUCGCCAGUCCCAGCCCGUCGGCUCUCUGUCUGGUGGUUGGAAGAUGAAGCUGGCUCUUGCUCGUGCUAUGUUGCAGAAGGCCGAUGUCCUACUCCUGGACGAACCUACUAACCAUCUUGACGUUGCCAAUGUGAAGUGGCUACAAGAGUACCUCAAGCAGCACACCGACAUUACUAGCUUGAUCGUCAGUCACGACUCUGGUUUCCUCGAUGAGGUCUGCACAGACAUCUACCACUACGAGAGCAAGAAGCUCGUCUGCUACCCUGGUAACCUUGCUGCAUUCGUCAAGGUCAAGCCUGAAGGCAAGAGCUACUACACUCUGUCUGCUUCCAACGUCCAGUUCAAAUUCCCUCCUCCCGGUAUCCUGUCUGGUAUCAAGUCUCAGACCCGUUCUAUCAUGCGUAUGAGCAAUGUCUCUUACCAAUACCCUGGUGCUCCCAAGCCCUCUCUGCACGAGGCUUCGCUCUCGCUGUCUCUCUCCUCGCGUGUUGCCAUCAUUGGUGGAAACGGUGCCGGAAAGUCCACUUUCAUUAAGAUCUUGACUGGUGAGACCAUCCCUUCGUCUGGUAAGGUCGAGAAGCACCCCAACCUGCGUAUUGGUUACAUCAAGCAGCAUGCUUUGGAGCACGUUGAGAUGCAUCUUGAGAAGACUCCUAGCCAGUACCUGCAGUGGCGUUACGCCAACGGUGAUGACCGUGAGGUCUUCCUGAAGCAGACCCGUAUCCUGACAGACGCCGACAAGGCUCAGCUGGAGACCCCCAUCGACCUGAAGAAUGGCAGUGGUCCUCGCCGCAUUGAGGCUAUCAUGGGUCGACAGAAGUGGAAGAAGACCUUCCAGUAUGAAAUUAAAUGGAUUGGUCUCCUCCCUAAGCACAACACCAUGAUUUCCCGCGAGACCCUCACUGAGCUUGGUUUCUUCAAGAUGGUCCAGGAGUUCGAUGAUCACGAGGCUUCUCGUGAAGGUCUGGGUUUCCGUGUCCUUGAGCCCAAGACUAUCUCCAAGCACUUCGAGGAUAUCGGUCUUGACCCCGAAAUCGCCAACCACAACGAGAUUUCCGGUUUGUCUGGUGGUCAGAAGGUCAAGGUCGUGCUCGCUGGUGCCAUGUGGAACAACCCCCACUUGCUGGUGCUGGACGAGCCGACUAACUUCUUGGACCGUGACUCUCUUGGUGGUCUGGCCGUUGCUAUCCGUGACUUCAAGGGUGGUGUGGUUAUGAUUUCUCACAACGAAGAGUUCGUCGGUGCUCUCUGCCCCGAGCAGCUGCACAUCGCCGACGGCCGUGUCGUCAGCCGAACCAACACUGCCAUCAGCCUCGACCGCUUCGAGGACAGCGCCGCCAACACUCCCUCCGCCCCUGGCACUCCUGCCGCUCUUUCCGCUAACACCAGCGCUGCUGCCUCGGCUGUUAACUCUGGAGCUGAGGACCAAGGCGAGCUGAACUUCCGCGCUAAGAAGAAGAAGAAGAUGACUCGUGCUCAGAUGAAGGAUCGUGAGGCCCGUCGUCGUCUGCGUCACAUUGAGUGGCUUAACUCUCCUAAGGGUACUCCCAAGCCCGUCGAUACUGAUGACGAAGAGUAA